AUGUCGAAAGCUACUCUGGCCGUGAUCGCGGCCGCCAGUGCUGCCACUGGUGCUGGUGUCACUGCGCUGCUUUAUGGCAAAUCUUCUCGGCCUCAGCAACAACAACAACAGCAGCAGCUUCCUCCUCCUCCGGCUGCCGGUCCUAUCAAAGUCCCUGUGACGACCCCGAUCCCGACACUCGCUGCCAAGGUUGCCACCGGCCCUGUCGAUGCCGCUGGUAUCCUCCAGUAUGGUUUCCCCGGCCCCGUCGCCGAUGAGCUAUCCUCACUACCUCUGCACGGCGCCUAUGACCGCCGAACCCGCAAUCCCGCCUGGGUCGCUGAGCACAUCACCCCGCAGUCGCUGGCGAUGAAGAACGCAGACCGCAAGCACAGCGUCUUUGCCGAGGACACACACAUUCCGCCGCUUUUCCGCGCCAAGUUGGCCGACUAUUUCCGCUCGGGCUACGACCGCGGUCACCAAGUGCCGGCAGCGGAUGCCAAAUGGGCGCAGGAAGCCAUGGAUGACACCUUUGCGCUGAGCAACAUGUGCCCGCAGGUCGGCGAGGGUUUCAACCGUGACUACUGGGCGCAUUUUGAGGAAUUCUGCCGCAACCUGACCCAGCGCUACCCGUCCGUCCGCGUCGUCACCGGCCCGCUGUACCUGCCUCAUCGUGAUCCCGAUGGCAAGUGGCGCGUGAGCUACGAGGUUAUUGGAAACCCGCCCAACGUUGCUGUGCCCACCCACUUCUACAAGGUCAUCUACGGUGAGGACGGCACUAACUCGCCGUUCGGCAAGGUUGCCCUUGGCGCCUUUGUCUUGCCCAAUGCUCGCAUUGACAACGCGAAGAGCCUGUCCGACUUCGAGGUCCCCCUCGAGGUUCUGGAGCGUGCCUCCGGUCUGGAGUUUGCGGCUAAGCUGGAUCUCGGUCGUCGUCGCCGUCUCUGCCAGGAUGUUCGCUGCGAGAUCACGGUGCGUGAGUUCAACAAUGCCAAGAAGAGGGCGUAA